AGCUUUUAACGCGCGCGCGAGGGCGCCCGGGCUACUGGGCUCUGCGGAGCGAGCGAGUGGUCAUCGCAGAGCCAGAGGCGUGGGUAUCCAGUCCCAAGGCCGACGCCAGCUCGCAGGCAUGGCCCCCGCAGCGGCUUCGGGUGGCAGCACCCUGCCCAGUGGCUUCUCCGUCUUCGUCACCUUCCCUGACUUGCUCUUCGUCUUUGAGUUUAUCUUUGGGGGCCUGGUAUGGAUCCUGAUCGCCUCCUCCCUGGUGCCCUUUCCCCUGAUCCAGGGCUGGGUGAUGUUCGUGUCUGUGUUCUGCUUCGUGGCCACCACGUCCCUGAUGAUCAUGUAUGUCAUUGGUACUCACGGUGGUGAGACUUCCUGGAUCACACUGGAUGCAGCCUACCACUGUGUGGCUGCCCUAUUUUACCUCAGUGCCUCAGUUCUGGAAGCCCUGGCCACCAUCUCAAUGUAUGAUGGCAUCACCUACAAGCAUUACCAUGAAAACAUCGCUGCAGUGGUGUUUGCCUACGUGGCCACGGUGCUCUAUGUGGUCCACGCCGUGUUCUCCUUAAUCAGAUGGAAGUCUUCAUAGGACGGUACAUCGGGACCUGGAAACCCAGAUGGCAUUAACCCAUCAGCCCACCUUCCCCAUUAACUUCCCAGAACACAGACUCGAUGGUGGAGAAAAGAAAACAAGCCAAAAA